ACCACAAGUAAAUACAAAAAAUGAUCAUGCAAUUCAUAAAAUGUCUAAAGAGCUAUAAGAAAAUAAUAAUGUAUUCAAUCAUAAUUAUAUUAUUUGUUCUGGUUUUGACACGCUACAAUGGUUCUCCGAUAGAUGAUUUUCCAGUUGAUGAGAUAUCAACUUUAAAAACAAAAUUCAUGAUUUCAGAUGUCAAAAUUGUAACGGCUGCAGAUUGUCGAUAUUUUUCCGGACUGAUUGAAUUUGUUGCUUCUAUCCAUUACUGGGAACCAAACAUGACUGUUAUAGUCUACGAUCUUGGAUUACAACCAGAACAAAAGAAAGAAGCUGAAAGUUGGUGCAACGUUCAGAUUAAUGCCUUGCCUGUUAACACACCUGACCAUAUAAAAAAGGAAAGUAGGAAACGAUUUUCAUGGAAAGCGCUAGUUCUUCAAGACGCUGUCAUGAAAUAUGGUGCUAUAUUUUAUAGUGACGCUGGAUCUGUAAUACGUGCCCCCUUGGAACCGAUAAAGAAACUGAUUAUUGCUGAUGGUCAUUUUUUCGUUCAGGGUCAGGAUGAGGACACAACAACACUAUUGCACAAAGGAAUGUAUGCAUAUUUUGGAGUAAAUGUGACACAACUGAAAGGAAAACCUAGCUUUGCAGGGAGCGUCCAUGGAUACGUACGUGGCGGCCUUGCUGAAAAACACAUACUACGCCCUCUGGUGAAAUGUUCUAUUUCCCCAGAAUGCAUCACUCCAAUAGGAUCCUCUCUUAGGAACCAUAGAUUUGACCAAUCAGCACUCUCGAUAAUAAUCUACACAUCGGGAAUAAAGAUUCAGCCUCACACUGAAUUGUUGAUUACUUCACUGAACCAACUGAGCGAAAAUCCAUUUUUACCGAGUUCCAGAAUCAUUUGGACAUCUCGUCAAGCGAGCUACAGUUAUAGCAAUCAAAUUUGCACCAAAAAAACAUAUUUGGAUAAAAAAUAAUAUACUCAGAUAAGAAUUAAUGUUUCUUUUGGAGGACUAACAAAAUACCAAGAUGUAAGUGAUUUAAAUAAUAAAAACAAUAUUAAACAUAGACUUGACUAUUCUGGCAUAUAACAAGACAAAUAUGAUUAAAGUUAAAAAAUACUGAACAUAUUAAGCUUCUCUGGAGGAUACUGCAUACAAAUAUAAAUGAAGGGCCUAAAUAAAAACUUAAUAAACCCCUUUGGCCAUAUUUUCACACAUGCAAAGAGUUAUUUUGCACAAAUGUCAUGUUUUAAACUCAAAUGAAAAUAAGAAAAAAAUUUAAAA